CCUGACCCUGUUUCGCAGAUGGAAGGAAGAGGCGACACUCGGAACCGAGCUGAUGCGGACCAAGCCAGGCCGGGUCAGACCAGAGACAGCAGCACGCAGACUGACAGCAGGGUGCAAGGUCAUGGCCCCAGGCUGUCAAAGGUGAACCUCUUCACGUUGCUGAGCUUGUGGAUGGAGCUGUUCCCACAGGAGGAACCUGAAGAGGAUGAGCACAGUCAGAUCCGUGGGCUGGGUCUGGUGGUGGUGCGGGACAGCAAGGUGAUAGGACUCCACUGUUCAGGACCUGACCUCCACGCAGGACAGUCAGCCAUCAUCCAGCACGGCGCCGGCCUGGCCGACUGUCACUUGUACUUCUCGAGGAGACCCUGCGCCACCUGCCUCAAGAUGAUCAUCAACGCUGGAGUCAGUCAGAUCUCCUUCUGGCCCGGAGACCCGGAGGUCAGCAUGCUUCGGAGGUCCGCCCCUACAAACCGUUCAAACUCCCACGCUCCACCUGACUGCAUCACGGAGGAGGCCGCGCUGGACGCCGUGGCGACCGAGAAGCUGAAGUCCAACGGGCGCCCUCACAUCUGCGUGCUGCUGCAGCCGCUCGCUCCCGGCCUGGCGCAGUUUGUGGACGAGACGUCCAGAGAGUGUGACUUCAUGGAGAGAGUGAGCGACGACGAACCGGGGCUGAACACAGAGGAGCUCUUCAACAGAGAGCGGACGAGACACCUGAAGCAUUUCUCCAGACACUUCCUAAUCGAGACGACCCAGCAGCACCGGGCCAUUUUGACCCAAAUGGGACUGGAGAACUUCUGCGUGGAGCCGUACUUCUCCAACCUGAGGAACAACAUGAGGGAGCUGGUGGAGGUUCUGGCCGCGGUGGCCGCCGGCGUGCCGCAGCAACACUACGGCUUCCACAGGGAGCUGCAUUCAACCCCCGAGCCUUCACUAAACAAACCCUCGCCGCCUGCUCCUCGUCACGACGGAGUGUCUCAAGAAGGGGCUCGCCAUUGCAUCAUCCAAGCCAGGCUGCUGGCCUACAGAACAGAGGACCCCAAAGUGGGCGUGGGCGCUGUCAUCUGGGCCAAAGGACAGUCGGCUGGCAGUGAUGGGACGGGGUGUCUCUACCUGGUGGGUUGCGGGUACAACGCGUACCCGGCAGGCUCGCAGUACGCAGAGUACCCCCAGAUGGACAACAAACAGCAGGACAGACAGAGACGCAAGUACAGAUACAUCAUCCACGCGGAGCAGAACGCCCUCACCUUCAGGACUCGAGCCAUCAAACCCGACGAGCCCACCAUGCUGUUUGUAACUAAAUGUCCGUGUGACGAGUGUGUGCCUCUGAUCCGAGGAGCCGGCAUCACGCACAUCUACACCACAGACCAGGACAGGGACAAGGACAAGGUGGACAUCUCCUACCUGAGGUUCAGCAGCCUGAAGAACGUCAGCAAGUUCAUAUGGCAGAGGACCCCUGCGGCUUCCUCGCCGUCCUCUCCUCUCCACGCCAACGGUUGCUUCGGGAAGCACAGCAGGCAGGCCGAUCAGGAGAACCACAGCAACAAGAAGCUGUGCACCAACAGAUCCCACGACUCGCCGACUGUCAGCUGAGCGUCACCCAGGAUGACGGUUGGGCGGACGGACAGAUAAACCAAAAUUUUUAGCUGCAGAUUUGAUGUUUGAUGGCUGCAUCAGCGCAGAGAGAACUGAGAGUGAAUAUUUUCUCCCUGAAGAUCAAAUCUGUGCCACGUCACCGUUAUUUAUUGGCUCCUUGUUUUGUUUUGUUAUGUAAUCAGGACCUUUCCCCGUGUCCCCCUGUAGACUGUGAAAUCUGCUUCUGCAUGUUUCUGUUUCAUACUGUACCACGCUGAGUGAGAGCAGCUGAGAGAGGUUGGUAAACUUGAUAUCGAUUUUUGAUUUUAUUUGAUCGGGCAGGGGCUGCUUUUAAUAAGAACUGUCUGAAAGUUUCCCUUCAAAUCUCAGGGUGCAUCCCCAAAUCUGAUGUGUCCUGUCAGCCCACUAACAGCUGAUCCAGCAGAUGGCACUGUUUCUUCUCUCUUCGCCUAGUUUCACUACUCUACUCUUAGUCCAGGGGCCACCCUGAGCAGAGAGAUAGACAUUAAUUCAUCUCAGUGUGUUUCAAAGUUAGUCAUUUAACCCGAUUUAGACACCUGAUUGCAUAAACUCAUUCAAAUGUGGCUGGAUGCUUAAUAACACUUUUCGUUUUUGGUCUGACAAACUCAGAACACAUAUUUUAAUCUACGAGAGUCGGGAUGCGCCCGAAGAAGAGGGAACUACUUUUUUUGCUGUUGUAUGUUUUACAUCCAGUGAGAUGGAGAGAUGAGAUCAAACUGAAAACAUACAAUGCGCUGACCUCAGAGAGAAGCCACUCAUAAUGGAUGGAUAAAUGAUGGGAAACAGGGACCACAAAGAAUAAUAUUUAAACUCGUAAUAUAAAGCGUGAACUCUAGAUUUGUUUGUUUUAUUUGUAUAAAAUGGUGAAUAGUUUAAGGUGUGAGGAUGAAUAGGGUUUAAAAGAGCUGCACUUUGACUUGAAAGGCCGUUGCUGUGACGAUAUUUUACUUAUUUUAUACUUUUUAUCUUGUUUUGGAUGGACGCAGAAUGCACUUUUGAAUCUCAGGCUCGGAAGGAAGAUUAAAAUCUAUCAGAAUCCAUUUCACAGUAAUCUUGUUGGAUAAAAUGAGACAUGAAGCUGCUGAUCACACAGCUUUACUUUAUUUUUCUGCAUGACAACCCGUUCUGCUCGUGGUGUACGUCACAUUUCUGUUCACACUUCAACAUCCGAAUGUUUCUGUAACUGAGGAAAAAAGCCUCUCAGCAUGAGAGCUGUAGUGUUAAAAGAAAGAACAGUUUGAAGCAUCUCAAGGCUGUACGAAUACACAAUGUGAAAAUAAAAGAAUAUAUAAGAGUUUUCUUUAUGAUGAAUUAUUGCAAACAAAUGAGCACACACACACACACAGAGCGUGCAUUCCCAUCCUUUUAUUUGUCGUGAAUGUGGUACAAGAGCGUCAACGUGGAAAAUAAAGCGGCUGCGUUCAGAGACGACACACCGGGGGGUGGGAGAGAACGUGGAGCUCUGCUGGCUCCGAAGCUGCUGAAAGUUUGGCUCAAAUGACAAAAAUCUGACGUGAAGCUGGUUGAGUCGAGUUUUUAUAUGGUCAUGUUCAUACGUCACAGCUUAGAACAUUAAAAAAAGAAAAAA